CCUCAACAAGACAACAACUAAAGCUAAAGAAAGUAGUCAUAAAAUGAAGUGCUUUCAUUUCCUUGUCUUUUUGGCUCUGGCUUUGGCCUUCUCUUUUGCCUCUGCCGAUGACCCUAGCCCUCUCCAGGACUUCUGUGUUGCAAUACCUGAACCUGAGAAUGCUGUGUUUGUCAAUGGGAAGUUCUGCAAGAACCCAAACCUUACUGUAGCAGAAGAUUUCUUUUUUCCGGGACUCAAUGUUCCUGGAAAUACAGGAAAUCGAGUUGGAUCGAAUGUCACCCUCGUGAAUGUUGAUAGAAUACCAGGACUUAAUACUCUUGGUAUUUCUCUCGCUCGGUUAGACUUUGCACCCUACGGUGGCUUAAACCCUCCCCACAUUCACCCUCGUGGCACAGAGAUCCUUGUAGUCGUGGAAGGCACCCUUUAUGUUGGCUUUGUGACAUCCAACCCUAAUCGCCUUAUCACGAAAGUCUUAUACCCAGGAGAUGUUUUUGUAUUUCCAAUUGGUCUCAUUCACUUCCAGUUUAAUAUUGCAAAGACGAAUGCAGUUGCCUUUGCUAGUCUAAGCAGCCAAAACCCAGGUGUCAUCACUAUAGCAGAUGCAAUCUUUGGGCCUAAGCCACCCAUUAAUCCUGAUGUUCUCGCUAAGGCCUUCCAAUUGGACAAGGAUAUGGUGGAAAAACUUCAGAAACUAUUUGAGAAUGCAUAAAACAACCAUAAGUUCAAUGCUGCUCACUAUUUAAGAAUGUUGUUUAUUUAUGUUUCCUGCAAUUUCGUCAAUAAUUGAGCUAGCAUAUAUAUCCUAAUUAAAUAACUAGAUAUUUUUUUCAGUGUGCCUUACCUGCAUAUGUUUUAUUUUUUCACAUUAAGUACCCAUAAGCUUACCUAUAUAUGUUGGUUGGUUCAAAGUAUUGCAGCUUUGUUCA